GUCACGCUUGGAGACUUAUCUAACUCACUUUUUCAGACAGGGCGGCGUUGAGAGCAUCAGACCAGUUCACGAAAUCGGUCUGGUGUUUCGAACUCCGGAAGCUGAAGCCACGAGACACGAGUAAAGAGUUGUUGUUUCCCCUCGAGUCGUUGCGCCGCCAGUAAUUAGCUCAGGGAUUAUUAACCACAAACCCUGGGCAUGCGUGCAAGGUGUGAGUUUUGCAGGUCGCAGUGAGCUGGGGGCACAACGUCAUCGUUCAAGCAACUGAGAUAUUGUUGCUGUACAUUGUGCGACGGACAUUAGCUAUACGGGAUAACGAGGGUGAGGGGGUCGGUGGGAAGAUACGGUGUAGUUAGUUAUGUCAGGUUUGUAGUGAACCUUCUCGAGCUGCAGAGUAGUACCACUCAGCUGGCUGAGCGGCAUCACACUGCAGAGAAUGGAGAAUGCAGGUUUCGGUGUACUAACGCUCAUGAUUUCUCGUUGAUGAUGCAAAGUUUCGUGUUUUUUGCAUGCACCGCUUCGAUGAAGUCUUUGUGAUUCCACGAUUGAUAUUGAGUUUGCAGCCGGCAACAUGGUAAGAGAUGGAUGGAGAUCGUUUCUAGUGAUCAGUUGUGGGAUGGGCAUUACACGAUAUUCGGAGGUGAUUUUGUGAGAUGUCUACAUUUUCUAAUAGACUCUGAAGAAGUUGGAGUCACUAUGAUGGAUAACAAGAGUGGGAGGGAGAGUUGUAGUAAGAAACUGAUUGCUUCAAUUUUUGCGUGCAUAGUUAAGACACUACAUAUAUUCUCACUGUGAAUCUCGUCGCAUUUUACUCCGGGCGAUGCCUCUCAUUUUGAUCACUGUCAUCCCUUCAGGAAAUUUGAUCUCCGUUCAGAAAAUGUUAGACUUCAUUCGGGCUGAGCUUUCUAGGUUUCACUUGCUCUUAUUCCAAACCUCUUCUCCUGUCACAAUCACAAUGACUGUCAGGUAGGUUGUCACUGUAAUCCUGGUGGACUGCGUCAAGUUCACUACGAGCACAAUGUAGAGAUGUGACGAAUUCUCUGAUACUGAGUAACAAACUUAUCUUAUCUCCCACUGAGUUGACACUUGUCUUUGGAUCUCGCAUUCAGCAAUCGUUGGGAAGAUGGGUAGGUGUGAAAGAUCACGAAGUCGCUCAUGUCUCGACCCCACGCUCAGGUGUUUCGGGCGGAUUUUAGCAGUGGUAAGCAUUUUAGGGGUGGUAUCGGCGCAGUCUACCAAUCCAGUGGAUUUGCAUGUUCUGCACGAGAUGAUGUAUUCUAUGAACUUCGAAUACGAUUGGGACAGUUACUACCCCGACCCAUGUGUCUCCGGCCCCCAGGGAAUCGUUUGUGAAGUCGACCCGGUGACGAACCUCUACUUCGUCACGCAGAUGCAGUUCGGCUUCAUCUCCCCUAUCGCCAACCUCAUUCCCUGCAGCUGGAACGCUACCAUUCCGACGUCUAUCGCCAACCUAAAGCGGCUCGACACACUGUCCUUCUACAACUGCUUUAUGAACUCGACCAUCACCAUACCCAAAGAGAUCUCUCUUCUAGGUCCGACUCUGCGGCUCCUCUCCUUCAGCGGGAAUGCAGGGUUAACGGGCGCCAUUCCGGCAGGGUUUGGCAAGCUCACUAGGCUGCAACGGCUGGUUCUGUCGCAGAACCGAUUGCAGGGGAGCAUUCCCGAGGAUCUAAGCAAUCUCCAACGCCUCAUCCAGUUGGACUUCAGUCACAACAACUUCUCUGGGUCAGUGCCUGCGACUUUUGGUGCGAUGAGCAGCAUCGUGAAUAUGGACCUCCGGUACAACCACCUUGAGGGUACGCUUCCCGCAUCGAUCAUACAGGGGAUGCCACAGCUGCAGCGCCUCGCCGUGAGCCACAACCAUCUUUCUGGCAGCUUGCCGGACACUUUCACAGGGCUGAGCUCCCUCACCUUUCUUGACUUGAGCCACAACGAGCUCACGGGCCCAUUGCCGCCUUCGCUAGGGCGUUUGCGGAAUCUUGAAGAUCUCUUCCUGAAUUCUAAUCCUCUUGACGGAAACAUUCCACCAUCUCUGGGCUCGAUGAGGAGCCUCGUCAGGCUGGACCUGUCCUCCUGCCUGUUGAGCAGCAUCAUUCCCGACUCCUUGAAAAACCUGGAGAAUCUCAGGUUUCUCUCCAUGAGCAACAACAAGCUCUCUGGAUUCAUUCCAGCUUCUUUAGCUUCGUUGCCGAAGAUCUUCACCCUGAACCUGGACGGGAACAAGCUCACUGGACCAGUGCCAUUCCCUCCGACUUUUGUGAAGAAGAUGGGGCGCAACAUGCGGCUAGAGGGCAAUCCUGGGCUCUGCUUCACCCCGCAGCAGGCCGCCAUCAAGGUCCCUGAUCAGAGUUUGAGCCGAUGCGCUGAAGUGCCGGCAUUGCAAACCAAAGCUCCGAAAGCUUCUUCUACGGCUAUAUCUCCGAAUACAGCUACAUGCAAUCGCUCGUCUUCUCGCGUUCCGUGGAGCUUGAUGACGCUGAUAUCAAUUUUUCUCAUUUGGUUUUGAAAUAUUGUUUCCAUGAAUUUUGUAACAUGCAGCAACCAUUCUGUGAUGUAGGCAAAGGUGGAGGUGAUUACUAGAUAAAAUGUUUAUAAACUCCGCAAAUACUCCACAUGCAAAUGCGUGGUGAGGAGGUCCAUUAUAAGGAGUUUGAUUAAUUUGUAAUUCAAGAGCACAAGUAGGGAGGAAACGUGUAAGCGUGUGCCCAGCUCAAGAUCCACCGUCAUUGUGAAGAGCAAAACUUCCAGAACAAUGCGAACGUGGAUAAGUUGCAAGUCGAACUGAUACUCCCGCAGAGGCUAUGUCAUUGCUAUAUAUUUGUCGCAAGUUCAAUUGGGUUUUUGACGACCAUUCAUACUUCGCCUUAAUUGCAUGCUGCGGACAUGCUUCUGCAGCAAGAGAGGGUGAGCACUAGUAAUUUGCCGAGAUGCUGAAAAUAUUCUGUCAGCUGCAGCUUUUGAUUAGCUUACUGUUAGAGGGGCUGUUGUGUAUGUGUUGGGAGAAUAGGUAUCACUACUUGAAACCGUAACAGACUCUUUUGUUCUUACUUGGAAACGUAUGGCAAAUUUUUAGACCGACAUAAAGCACCGACUAUGUUGUAUUUUCAA